AAACUUAUUAAAUAGUUUUCAGUGCUCAAAAUGGUAAUGACACAGCUUUUGAGGCGAUCCUCGAGCGCUCAGUUUUAUUCAUCCUUGAAAUUGAACGGAGGGUUGUACCAAAGUACGCGAUUAUCCAGCGGAAAGGUCCAAGGCAAUGUUGUUGGUAUCGAUCUGGGUACGACCAACUCGUGUGUUGCAGUCAUGGAAGGCAAACAGGCCAAAGUUCUGGAGAAUGCGGAGGGAAACAGAACUACUCCUUCAGUUGUUGCUUUCACAAAGAACGACGAAAGACUUGUAGGUAUUCCCGCUAAACGUCAAGCUGUUACAAAUCCAGAAAAUACCUUGUUUGCUACGAAAAGACUCAUCGGUCGUCGCUUUGACGACCCAGAGACUCAAAAAGACAUCAAAACGCCAUUUAAAAUUGUGAAAGCAAAUAAUGGUGAUGCCUGGCUCGAAGCGCAUGGCAAGAAGUAUUCACCCAGUCAAAUUGGAGCAUACGUUUUAACUAAAAUGAAAGAGACUGCUGAAAGCUAUCUUGGAAGCAACGUGAAGAACGCAGUUGUUACGGUACCAGCCUAUUUCAAUGACUCCCAAAGACAGACUACCAAAGAUGCUGGGCAGAUAGCUGGACUAGACGUGUUGCGGGUGAUUAAUGAACCAACAGCCGCUGCACUGGCUUAUGGGCUCGAGAAGACAAGCGAUAAAAUUGAUAAAUCACAAGGGGUUUCCCCCAAAGGUAUUUCUGUUGAAAACGAGUCUACAGUUGUUUCGAUUGCAGUCACAAAAGGUAACCCAGGAGCAAGAAUUGCUUUCAUUGUAAAACGCAUGGAAGUAUUCCCAGAACCAUUUCAACAAGUCCGAUUUCAGGGUGGAGGAGAAAAUAUCAAUGUCAUCAGGUUUGAUGUCAAGAACAUCUGA